AGGUGUUAGGGGAGGAGGGGAGAUGGCGUCAUUUUGAGGAAACGAAACCUAAAGCAUCCCGACGUGUAAGCAGUUCUCUCUUCUAGGAUAAAUAUAACACGCAUUACAUAGUCUGACAGACAGCAACAACAACAAGGUAUGGCCUGUAUAAACGCUCCCUGGUCUGAAGAGAACUUUUCAUGUUCUAUCUGCCUGGAUGUGUUCAGCAGUCCAGUUUCCACUCCAUGUGGACACAACUUCUGCAGAACCUGUAUUACAAAGUACUGGGAUGAACAAGUCAAGUACAAAUGUCCCGUUUGUAACGAGCUUUUCAACACAAGACCUGAUUUACGGGUCAAUAUCCUCUUUUCUGAGAUGGUUGAUCGGUUUGGAACGUCCGUACGAGUAAAAGAGCAGCCUUGUGUUGAACCAGCAGAAGUUCCCUGUGAUGUCUGUACCGGGACCCAGCUGAAGGCUGUGAAGUCCUGCCUAGUGUGUUUUACCUCUUACUGCCAAACCCACCUGGAGCCACAUCAGAGAGUCGCUCGCCUGCAGAAACAUCGGCUGGUCGAGCCUAUGGACCGUCUGGAAGACAGGAUGUGUAUGAAACACGACCGACUUCUGGAGCUCUUCUGCCAGACUGAACAGGUGUGUGUGUGUUGGUAUUGCACAGAGACAGACCACAAGUCCCAUCCUGUUGUACCUCUAAAGGAGGAAUAUGACAUGAAGACGGCCCAGCUGGGGAAGAUUGAGGCUGAAUUUCAGCAGAUGAUCUGGGAGAGAAAACUAAAGAUUAAGGAGAUCAAAGACACUGUAGAAAUGAGCAAGAAAGAUGCAGACAGAGAGAUAGCUGAUGGUUUGCAGGUCAUCACUGCUCUGAUGCGCUGCAUUGAAAAGUGCCAGGAUGAUCUCAACCAAAUGGUUAAAGAGAGACUGAAAUCCACAGAGAAACAAGCUGAAGACCUCAUCAAAGAGCUGGAGCAGGAAAUAGAAGAUCUGACCAACAGAAGCUCAGAGGUGAAGCAGCUCUCACACACUAAAGACCACCUCCACUUCCUCCUGGCCUUCAGAUCCCUGAAGAAUCCUCCUCCCACCAGGGAGUGGACGAUUGUGGAGGUCCGUCCUCCGUCAUUCGUAGGGACCUUGAGGAGAUCCCUGGGCCAGCUGGAGGAGACACUGAUCAUGGAGAUGAAGAAGCUGCAUGAUGCUGAACUGAAGAGUGUCCAGCAGUAUGAAGUAGAUGUGACUCUGGAUCCUGAUACUGCUCAUCCCAAGCUCAUCCUGUCUGAGGAUGGGAAACAAGUACAUGAUGGAGGUGUAGAGAAGAAACUCCCAGACAACCCUAAAAGAUUUACAAGUAAGUUUUAUGUUCUCACAAGACAGAGCCUCUCCUCAGGGAGAUUUUACUUUGUGGUCCAGGUUAAAGACAAGACUGCAUGGUGUUUAGGAGUGGCCAGAGAGUCAAUCGACAGAGGAGGUGGAAUAGUAGUGACCCUUGAGAAUGGUUACUGGACUCUUUAUUACGAUAAGGAUGGGUUGGUGUUCAGAGAUAACCCUGAUGUCCGUCUCCCUCUGAGAGCCGAGCUCCAGAAGGUGGGGGUGUUUGUUGAUUAUGAUGAGGGUCUGGUCUCCUUCUAUGAUGUGGAAGCCAGGGUUCAUCUCUACUCUGCUACUGGCUGCACCUUUAGUGAGCCUCUCUAUCCAAUUCUUAAUCCAUGCAACUAUGCUUUUAAAGGUGACAACUCUGCCCCCCUGAUCAUCUCACCUGUCAGUCAAACAGACUAGGACCUUUGUUUGAUAAUAAAAUAAUCAAACAACCACCUGAAUGAUAAUCUCUACUAUGUGAGAUCUGAGAGGUCUGAAUUGACGUGGUUCUGCUGUCAUUUAACAAGGAGAAAUUCAUUAAAAAAUAACUCUCACUAUUCUAAAAUGUAGCCCAUUUUAAAUGAUUAGAUUCCACUAUUUUUUUAUAAAUGUGUGUUUCCCCUGUUCUUUUUUCCGAGUUAUUGCUAUAAUAUUGUAAAUGGUUGCAGUUAUAACAUGUCUGGGGGAUACGGUUGUUUAUGAUAAUACUAUUUACAUUGCUAUUAGUUUAUAUUUUGGAAUCAUGAAUGAUGAUGCAUUUAUCUUUUAACACUUUUCUGAUUUCAAUAAAAUGGCAAAAAAUGGAAAUGGUACAUUCUUUGUGGAAUAGAUAUUUUCAGGGGGAUGGCUGGUUCGUACACACAUAGGAUCCUGAUACAGCUGGUCCCAGUCUCAUCCUGUCUAAGGAUGGGAAACAAGUACAUGAUGGAGAUGUAUGGAAGGAACUCCCAGACAACCCUAAGAGAUUUACACAGUGUGUAUGUGUUCU